GAGAAUCCGAGACGAUGGCAUCGACGUCGAGCAUUGAUGGUUAGCCGCUCGAGUUCGCCCGUUGUAGUCUGUUCCGGCGAAAGCGAUAGCGCGGCAUGAAAGUUGACACCUGCUGACCUCAUCGUAGAAUAUUUCUCUUGUCAUAAGGCAGGAAUGUUCGACCGAAUGAACGAGCAGCCGACCGAGCGAUUGAGCGGGGGCUGUUGAACUCGAGAUGCACAUCGAGUUAAACUUGAUUUUGUUCUCGUGAAUUCCAGUCGAGAUGGAGAAGCGCAACGAGUCGGACGAACAUCCAAUCUUGCUCCAGACGACCGUAGUUAACCCGAGCACCGGACUGCCCAUCUGCACGUUGAUCAAACUGCCUCCAGGAACGACAAUCGAGAACCUGACCAACAGCUUCAAGAAAAAAAGCGUCGACGUGCGACCGACCUUGAAAAAAGAGGUCGUGGCCCUGACUCGUUUAGGAUCUGCCAGCCUAGUCGCUGCUGCUGCUUCGGCCGCAACCGCUUCUGCGUCCUCCGCUCAAGAGAGCUCGGACGAAAGCGUUGAGGACGGCAAAGCAAACACAAGUGACGAUUCGAUGGACGGCGUGAACGUCUCAUCAUGUGUGAGUGACGACACAAGAUCUGAAGCGGACCGUGAUAAUCUAGCGAGCCCGCCAAGCAGUCCGGGUGUAGCCACGAUCCUUUCGCUUAUUCCAGAGCCGCAGCGUGCCGGUUGCCACAACGGUCACAAGGCCACCAUCCUGGGCGGACGUUACGUGCUGCAGAAAACCAACAGUCGAGCCCGGUUGACGGGACCAUUUUUCUGCAAUGCCUGUGGACUCCGCUUCGAUUGGCACAGCAGCGCUCGGAUGCACCUGAACUUCCACAACCGCGACUUCGAGGCUUGUGACAAGUGUCAAAAACGCACUUCGCCCGAUAGCUGUGGAUCUUCCACUGAGAAAACGGGCCGACCGCCCCGCUGCAACGUGUGCAACAAAUCAUUCUACUUGUGGAAAACGUAUCUCGCUCACCAAGAAAAGCACAAAGAUAAGGUGAAGUGCCCACUCUGUUGCAAAUUUUUCCAAAGCCUCCACAACGUAGGCAGACAUUACUACGAUGAGCACAACGGCGUUCCCGUCGUAUGCUCUCUCUGCGGCAACGGAUAUCGGGCCUUCAAACAGUAUCAGAGCCAUGUGGAAACCAUGCACAUGGGCGAAGAAGAUGUCAAGGGAGCUCUCCAACCGAGCAACGACGACGCCAUCAACUAUUCGAUCGAUCUUCCGACCCUGCAACAGCUAGACCCUUCGAUCCGGAUUUUCUCCAGCGUCGAGCGCACUUGCCCAGUGCCGAAUUGUGGCAGGAUCUUCUCGACACAGCAUACCAUGCAACGGCACAUUUAUGAUGUUCACUGCAAUGAGCUCCUUCCGUGUGGACUCUGCGGCAACGCCUACAGGACUUACAGUCAAUUCGAACGUCAUUGUGAAGUUUUCCACGGAGAAAACUUCCGCGUUGAAUUGCCCGUCGGAGAGAUAAACGUUCCAGUGAAACGCAAGCGAGAGCGCGCCGCGGCCGAGAGCGAAAACGCUGGGAAAACUAAACGCCCGAAGAGCCGAGGGAUCGACGCCGAAGUCUCGAGCUCUGAAUCGAAUCCACCCGACGAACCACUCGACAUGACCGUGGUCAAACAGGAAUUGUCCGACGACGUGAUAUUGCCGGACUAGGCCUUUGAGGUCAGGAUUUUGAUUGCUUCACGUCAGGAGACCCGAUUGUAAAUAUCUGCGAAAGAGUCCAUCUUCUUCAUUAUUCACUCACAGGAGUGAUGGAUAUAAUGGUUUCUCGACGGUUUCCCUCCUGGUAGGAGAGAAAAUCGUCGACCGAUCUCAAGGACGCGUACAAGGCGAAAUGUCAUGACACUGGAAAAGUCUGGCUACCUGGAGCGAGUUCUGUCGAAUCAUUCCUCCACAGCAAUUCUCUCGAAUCCUUGAAAUGGUGUUCUCCUCCUACGAGGAGUCUGGAGUUCGUUUCAGUAUCGAGACUUCUUCAAUAAAUCUGAU